AUGCGUCCCCUCCGCUUCUUGUUGUUACUCUUCUUUUUUGUCGCCCUUCCUGUAGCAUUGACCUUUUGGUCAUUGCUGGCUGCGAGCGUGAACGCUGUCGACUCGUUUCAACCCGGCCUCGACACGAAAUCUGGGCGCCUUAGGGCGUUCUUUUCCUUCUCGACCCCCUCCUCCCUAUUUCCACCUUCUGCGGUUAUCAGCCUAACCAACGACAACUCGACCUUCUUCCUAGCCAGACCGGCUGCUUUUGGUCCCAGCCUUCCGUCCAAGGGCUUAAGUGGCCGGCUGUGGGUCGGUAAGGGUUUUGGGGACGAUGCUUUGCUGAAGGAAGAGAACAUUCAAGUGGCAGGGUGGGAAUUGGGCUGCUCCGACGUUCCAGGAUGGGCUGAAGAGAAGGCAAAGAGCAUCAAGAAUCUUCCAGCAGUCGACCAAAGUCAGGCAAGGACAAAAAUACCACGAAGCAUAGACAAAGAUGGAUCAUUUCGUGACGAUUCCGGACUCCUCUCCGACGAGACUUUCCUUCAAGACGACGGUACCGACGACUAUUUACACCGGCCUCUACCUGACUCGAACCCUGCAACCCCUGGCGAACCAGGCGAGCCUGCCAACGCCGAUCUCUCAGACAAGAAGCAGGCUACUCACGCGGACAUUGAAUCACUGCAAGAGAGCGCCGACAUUACAGGCAAGAUUGUCAUGCUGAGCCGUGGCGGCUGCGGAUUCCUGGAGAAAGUCAAGUGGGCUCAACGUCGUGGGGGUAUUGCCCUCAUUGUCGGCGACAACGAGAAAGGAGCGCAGUUGACAAUCAUGUAUGCGAAGGGCGAUACAUCGAAUAUCACGAUCCCUGCAUUAUUCACUUCAUACACAUCAGCCCACCUCCUAUCUUCACUGGUGCCUCAAGAAGACGGUGACGACGAGGAUGCCAACUCCAAGGCUCACGAUAAGGCCACAACGGGUAAUUCUGGUGCAGACCAGAAACAACACGACAACCAGCCCAUCUUUACGUCCACCAAAUCUGGAGUUACGAAACCGACAUCUCUUUCGGCAGCUACAUCUGACGAGGAGAGGGAUGAGAGUUGGAUGAAGAAUGUCUUGUCAGUCAUGGGAUUAGGAGAUAACUCUCCGUUUUCUCAUUCGGAAGACAGCCGUCGUCCACCUAGCAGCGGCAAUAUCGAUUGGGUCCUUCUGGAAGAUUGGAAGGAGGACGCUGGCCCGGGUUUGAAGGAUAGCAAGAACACAUUGACAAACGUCGCUACGGUGGCCACCUCGGCCCUCAAGGCCAAGUCAACGAGUACCAAACGGACUGGCGCGGAUGAUUUUGUGAUAGGAGUCCAAGACUGGCGAGACACUGAUCUUGUGGCACCGAAACCCACCACCACCUCGCAAAACGCUCCUGAAGAAGCCGGCAAGGGUUUGCCCACCGAUACUGCGAGCUCGGCGAAAGCUUCAAGCAGUCCAGAUUCAACUCUAAAAGGUGGCAGUAUCACUCCUGGCAGCGGAGAAUACGACCAUGAAAAGUCAGAGCAUUUGAAUCGCUUCCAACGAGGUAAUGUACCAUCAGACCGGGGACAUAGAAAUUCCGAUAACCAUCAAGGCCAAGAAAAGGGAUCUUGGUUUCAUGUUUUCCGCUCUGGCCAGGGAACCAAUGGAAUUCCGGAAGGAAGCGUACCCCUUGACGAACACGACAACCAGGGAAAGGAAAAGAGCUCGAAAAUAACCGGCUCGGACGACGAACCUGACCGUCCUGGUCUAUGGGUUACUCUCACGCCCACAAGUGUCUCUGCUAGUCCGUUCGUCGACACACUUCUGGUACUGGUGGUCAGUCCACUAGUGACAUUGACAGUGGUAUACGCCCUUUUGCUUCUCCGCUCGAGGAUUCGACGCCGCAGAUGGCGCGCACCAAAAUCCCUGGUCGACAGACUGCCAGUUCGUACUUAUCACACUAUGAGCACGACCUCGUCUACCACUACUUCGCGGGUGGAAUCCCCAGACAAUGCUUCGGCCACUUCACCACUACUUAUUUCUGCGAGCCAGAAUGUGUCACAACGACCUCGUCCGCGCUCUCAGACUACUACGGGCAUCUUCUCCGGUGGAAGUGUAGAAAGUCAACUUUCGCACUCUCGAAGUCCGCACACAGAGAAACUUACUUCGAAACCGGCUAAACGGAAGCGAUACACAGGUCGACAAGUCGAAUGUGUAGUAUGUCUCGAAGAAUACGUCGAUGGCGAAAGUCAAGUCAUGUCUUUACCAUGUGGGCAUGAGUUUCAUGUUGAUUGCAUCACGCCUUGGCUUAUUACAAGGAGGCGGACCUGUCCGAUAUGUAAGGGAGAUGUUGUGAGGAGCAUGGCAAGGCAGGGUCUACAGCGGUAUGAUGAGGACGAUGAGGAAGAAGAUGAUAUCAGCGGCGAUAAUUUCGGAAUCGGGCGGAGGCAAGGUGAAAGAACCAGCGAUGAUAUUCAAACCCGUGUGGCUCAAACUGUGAACCGGGAACCAAGUGCAGCGAUUCCGAUUCCCUCUUUGAACAGAGAUGAUGAGGAUGUCGAACGAGGGCAGGACCCAGACGUACCUCUUUUGGGCGGAGCAGAAUCACUGAGCUCGGAAACUACCAUCACACCGCAGAGACUCCGCCAGGAUCAUGCGAGGGGUACGGAGAGACGUGGGGACCGCGAAGGACAAUCGAUGUGGAGGAAUAUGGUCUCCGCGAGUGUUGGUCGACUCAGUGGAGAUACACUCUGGAGACAGACACCAGUAGACCGAAGCCGGUGA